AUGCUUCUUUUUGUAUAUGGAACGCUGAAGAGAGGAUUUUCAAACUACCACGAGAUGGAGAAAUUAGAGGGAACUUUCAUAAGCGAAGCUCAAACGGUCCGCGAAUUUCCGCUCGUUGUUGCCACUGAAUGCGGAAUUCCAGCGCUCCUGAAUCUCCCUGGUCAUUUCAAGGGGAGUAGAGUUACUGGCUGGCCUCGGCAACCUGCGUAG